AUGUCUCAACAAACGAGUAAUAUUUACAUCCUCUACAACGCCGACGCUUCGAUCCUGGGCAAGCUCUCAUAUGCCUGCCGCAAGUUGACAGUAGGGCCGAAAGAGAGUCCAUGUGCCGCCUGUGAUCUAACACACGGAGGGCUCAAGUUAGACGAGUCGCCCAAGUGGAAGCAAACUAAACAGCAGAUUGGUGGUGCCACAGUCAAGCAAUUGCAUAGAGACGAGCUGACCUCCGAACUUCGCGAUUUCGUCUCCUCUAACCGCCUCCGUUAUCCUCUGGUUGUUGGCCAAGCGCCUAACGGGAGCGCCUUGAAGGUCCUUAUCGAUUCCGAGAGUCUACCUUCCGUCUCAGCCGACCAUUCCGCUUUCCUGUCGUUGCUAAAGAAGGAAGCAGCGGAUAAAGACGUGCCCAUCUCCAUCUUGAACACCAGCCUCUGA